CAAGAAUAAGGCAUAUAUAUUCAGCAUGGUUAUGCUAUCCGGCAUGGCUUUGCUUGUAAUACUAUUUUUUCAUUUGCCCCUGUCAAACGCCACCAGGCGGAUGGAUGUUACGAGGCUUAGCUGUCGAUCCCCAUUAGACAGCUGGACCACCUGGUACACGGAAGACGUCGCCUCCCCAUUCAAGCCCUGCCACGUUAACCCCUUCGUACACGCAGCCGAUAAUCUAAGUGGACCCCACAGCACAUCCCGCUCGCAGGCGCUUCAAAAUUUUCAAACGAAUAAAAUAUAUCUACGAGAGAGAUCAAGAAGGAAUCGAUAAGAAGACUGCUCGACGAUUUUAGACUUGAGAAAAAAUUUUUGGAUCUUGUCCUCCUCCCGAUCUCUCCCUCUCUAAUCCGAAUGGCCGAAGAAGCGAAGGUCUGGAUGCCGCAAUCGCCAAUGGAGGAGGACGCCCGGCCUGAUGAUAAUGUUGGUCCAAAACACUCGUGUUCGUCAUCUAAAGACGUGGGCAACAAGGAGAACAUAUGCACUGUUCAAGAGGAUAAUUUGGAUGUGCUGGCCUCUUCUAAAAAGACCCUAAUGCAGACAAAGGGGGCUAAAAAGGGUGGAGGAUAUAACUUGAGGAAAAGCUUAGCCUGGAACCAAGCUUUCUUUAUGGAAGAAGGUGUCCUGAAUCCACUAGAACUAUCCAUGCUGAGCGGUUCUGUUACUAAGUCGAGUGGGAGCUUUCUCUCUGGGAUCAAUGAGCAGAUGUCACCACUGAUGGAGUACCAGAGAUCUAGUGAUAGGAAUGAUGUUGAAGUAAACAUAAAUAAUAAAUCUCAAACAAAAUCUAAAACCAAAGAUUUCAAGGAUGGGAAAUUAUUUUCAAAUUCAGAAGCUUUAAUCAAAGAGGAGCAACGACUACAUGCCUCUGGAAAGAUGCAGUCUUCCAAAAGCAUUGCCAAAAUUGUGCCACGAUCACCAGCUUCAAUUUCACAGAAAAGGGUUGCAAGUACAAAUGCAACAAAUCCAACAUCAAAACUUCCAAAAUUUGUGCCUACAAAGUCACAUGCUGCUUCUCUACCCAUGACUUCUAGAAAUGUCAUUUCAACUCCAAAGAGCUUCAAGUCUAACCCUACAGCUAGAGUUAAUGUUGACCAUGGUAUUUGUGCAAGGGGAUUUUCUUCAAAUACAAGAAAGGAAUCUGGUUGUCCACCCUUAUCAAGAAAGGAAUCUGGUUGUCCACCCUUAUCAACUAAAUCUUCUUCUUCACAUGAUCUUGGCAAGCACCUGGCUCCACUGGCUGAGAAAGGUACUACUGGUUUUAAGAUGAAUCCACAUCCAUCUGGCUCUGGCAUGGCAUCUUCGUCAUAUCCCCAAAAUGCCCACCAAGUUAGCGGAGGGCCUCCUUUGCCAGCCCAUGCAAAACCAUCAGCACUGCGAAUGCCUUCACCGUCAUUAGGAUUUUUUCGCCAGGGAAAAUUUUCUCCUUCCUGUGACAACCAUUCUCUGAGAAAUAUUCAACAGCCGAUGCCCAGUAUUCCUCCUCUUAGAAAGCCUAUUAGUCUAAAACAGACAGAUGAGCUCAGACCUGCGCCUUCAACUGGGCGAGAAUGUACAGAGGGUCCUGUUGCAACAGAAUCUUGUGCUAGUACUGCAGUUGUUGGCAGCUCGCAAACAUCUUCAGCUGCAAACUCCUUGUCUUGUUCCACUGCAACUGUUGAUACAUAUCCAUCUACAAAAGAGAAGAUUGGAAUGCAAAAAAUGGAUAUGAUGAAUAAGCGAACUUCUGGAAGUUCAUAUUGCCAAACAAGCGGACAAGAUCAGUUAGGAAGCAGUUGCUUCUCAGUUGAUGACAACAUUGACAAGCAGCCACACGUGUUCUCUUUAGGAAAACUCAAUCGUCACGAGGAUAACCUCAUGUUCCGGAUUGACACCAAAUCUUCAGUCGAAGAAAGUGGAUUGAUUUCUGAGAAUAGUAAGGAUGCUUACCCAUCUACUGUAGAAUCUAGUGAAAGUAAAUUAUCAUCAUCCAACUUUUCAUCACAAAUCUCUCCAAAGAAACUUCAAGGAAGUGAGUCAAAGCAACUACAUGAAGGUGAUUCAAGAGUUGGUAAUCUGGGAAAGCAUCUACAUGUAGGAGAUCUGGUUGAUGAGAGUUCUUCUCUCUUAAGCAAGGACAAACAAUCAGCUGGAAGCUCUGAUUUUAUCUCAAAUAAGGGAUUUGGUUUCACAGCUAGAAAUGCUGACUUUGCUGCUUCACUGAAAACUGAAACGUCUUUAAAAUUGAGUAAAGAGCAAAUGGCAGGUGCCAGUAUUUUUCAUAGCACAGAAUUGGAUUGUUCUUUAGAGCAGAAAACAGGUACACAUGUUCAGGUCAUAGAUCAUGGAAGUGUCCGCCUGGCCGGUGGAUGCAGCAGUACCUUGUCAGAGGAAUCUCAAUCUACAUUUUCCGAAAACAGGAAAAUUCAAGAUUCCCAAGAACAGUCUGAAGUGAAGAAACCAAUGGACUCAAUGGAAGAGAGAGAAUUGAUGCCAGACAAGAGUAAACUAAUGGACAGACUAAAGCUGGAUUUAGUUCCACCUAGACAUCAGUUACAUGCUGUACCAUUCUCAGAUGAAUGGCUAGCUGCUCUUGAGGCUUUUGGGGAGGAUAUUUUGGAAAUGAAAACGGGUCCUGUGCAAAAUUCUCCACCUGACAAAGCUCUUCCAGAACCUGGUCCAUGGUCACCGGUGAAACGGAAAGCUGAAGGCGUCGGACCAUAUGACUGUACUAAAUAUUUGAAAGACACGUCAACCUCAAAGUCCCACUAAUAUGUUCAAACAUCAAUGCAACAACAAUACUUCAGCUUUUCAACAGCUCUUGGAUUUUCCAUUUUUUUAGCAGUGACGGCAUGUACAACGCGAGGAAGCUCUUCUUCAUGGCUUUAAACAUUUAUUUGAGCCUGCCACGCUGAGCACCUAAUGGUAUAACUUCUCGAGCUACUUCUAAUUGAACUCUUUUGUUCUUCAACAGCAAACCGGAACCCGACCAUGAGGCAAUUAACCAUUGGAAAAGAAAACAACAGUUUUGUCAAUGAAGUCCAAACAUUUGCUUGGACUUGGAGAUAUAUCUGAGAUAUAUCCCCCAAUGAUUGAUAUUAUUGAAUUGUUUAUAUA